AUGUCUGGUUGGAAAGCUGCUGGUAUCUCUUACGUUCAAUACGCCAACAUCUGCGCUCGUGCUGUUCGCAAUGCUUUGAAGGAUGAACUUCGUACUCCUGCUCUCGCUCGUAACGAAAAUGGUCUCAAGUUUGUCAAAUGGGAAAAGGGUGUCCAAUCUGAAUCCGUAAGUUAGAAAAUGAAUUAGUUUGAUGGAUAAAAAAGUGAGAGAUAGAAAAGAAAAAAAAAAUGUGAUUAUUGUUUGAAUUCAUUUGAAGAAAGAUAGCAAUAAGGUGGAAUAUUUUUUUUUUCUUUUUUGUGUGUGUGUGGAAAAGAAAAAUAAGUUUAUUUAGAUAUAUAUAUUAUUAUUAUGCAUUGAAAAACUAACAUAUAUCAUUCCUUUUUGACUCUAUAGAAAUUCGUCCGUCCUCAAGCUGAACAACCUACUCACUAGAUUAUUUGAUAUAAAAC